CCACCACUCACUGCCCAGGGCACCAUGGACCAAGGCAAGACGCUUCUCCCACCAACCACUGGGGCAAAUUCCAGCCAGACCCCAGCAACUGUGAGCGCCGCUCACCUGGCUGCGUCCAUGCUACUCUUCACCACCUUCCUGGUGGGUGUGGUGGGGAAUGGGCUGUGCUUGUGGGUGCUGGGACUGAAGAUGAGGAGGACAGUGACCACACUCUGGUUCCUUCACCUGGUCUCCUGUUACCUUCUCUUCACCCUGCUGAUCCCCUUCUUCAUCGUCUAUGUCCUCCUGGGUUUCCACUGGGUCUUUGGCAUGGCCAUGUGCAAGUUCCUCAACACCUGCAUCUCUGUGGGCAUGUUCACCUCCGUCUUCCUUCUCACCCUCAUCAGCCUUGACCGCUACACUCUCACUCACCAUCCCAUCCAAUCUCGGAAUCACCGUACUGUGCCCCGAGCUCAGAAGCUGGCGGUGGGCGUGUGGCUGGCCUCCUUUGGUCUCAGCGCUCCCUACCUGGCUUUCCGAGAGACACACAUGGUGGAUGGAGGCAGAAUCAUCUGCAUCAACAAUUAUGCCCUCUCCGAAGACUGGAACAGAGCUGAGCCACAGGACCUAGGGAGACGGGUCCACCUAGCCGUCUUCAUUGUCCGGUUCCUACUGGGCUUCCUGCUGCCCUUCUGCACCAUCGCGGGCUGCUAUGGCUGCAUGGGGCUGAAGAUGAAGGAGAAGAAGCUGGCAUGGGCUGGGAAGCCCUUCAAAGUCAUGGUGGCUGCAGUGGUUUCCUUCUUUCUCGGUUGGCUGCCCUACCACCUCUACCAGAGCUUGAAUCUCUACAAGAAGGAGGUGCCAGAGUCGGUGACAGAUGCUCUCUUGGUCAUUUACACCUUUUCAUCCUGCUUCAAUGCCUGCUUCACCCCCAUUCUCUACCUCUUUGUGGGGGAGAAGUUCUGGCAGGUCUUCAGGAUGUCUCUUCUCACUCUAGUCAAAGCGGCUUUUGUUGAUGAUCUCGGCAGCAGUGCCCCUGAGUAUAGUGGAAGACACGGCUUUGAAGUUGAGAACAGAAAACAGGAGAUGGUCUGA